AUGCCUCGCCUACCGCCCUCCCUCACCCGCCGCGCUCAUGCCGUCUCACCGCACGUGGCGACUCUCCUCCCGGCAUGCCGCGACAUCUCCUCGGCCGUGACUGAAUUCCGCUGGAUCAGAUCGCACGUUGCCGGCGUCCUAAAGCCGCCGGGUGCUCGGGCUGCGGAGGCCCGCAUCGCCCGCCUCUGCGCAAGACGCGGCCGCGGCGUGCCGCUGCAGUACGUCCUCGGCUCCCAGCCCUUUGGUGCGCUGGACAUCAAGUGCCGGCCUGGCGUCCUCGCGCCGCGUGCCGAGACGGAGGCAUACGCGCUGCACCUGGCCGAGAUGAUCAGGUCCGGCCGGCUGCCGGGCCUUCGGGACAGAGAGCUCCGCAUCGUGGACUUCUGCACGGGUACCGGGUGCAUUGCGCUUGCACUCUAUGAAGGUCUCGCGCGAUGGGCGGAGAGGCUGAGCAUCAUGGGCGUCGAUGUUUCGCCGACUGCGAUUGGGCUCUCACGAGAGAACCUGCGGCAUAACGCUGAUGCUGGCGUGCUGCCGCCACCGACCGAGGCGAAGAGCAUCGUCUUCCAGCUGUCGGACGUAUUUGACGAGGCGGCUAUGGCGGUGCUCCCGCGAUGUGACGUCCUGGUAUCGAACCCGCCGUACAUCUCUCGCAAGGUCUGGGCUUACGGCCGCGGCCAGAUGGGCUAUUCGGUGCGAAAGUACGAGCCGAAAAUCGCGCUGGUGCCGGGUGACACGGCGCCGACGUACGAAGGGUGCGAUCAUGCCGACGUCUUCUACGCCAGGUUGCUGGAGGUUGCAGGCCGGCUGCGGCCGAAGGCUUUGCUGUUCGAGGUGGGAGACCAGGAACAAGCAGCCCGGGUUGCGAGGCUCGUCCGGCGGAACCAGUACACAAGGCAGGCAACCUGCGAGCUGUGGAGGGAUUGGCCGGACAUGACGCCUGAAGAGGACGAAGCUUGCAAGGUAGAUGUAGACUUGGAGAGGCUUGCGGUUAGGGGAAGUGGAAAUGUACGAUCCGUGGUUGUUUUCCUGUGA